AUGGCGCACGGCCUCGAUAGCAUCCUCAACAGAGGUCCACCUUCUGCUUGGGAGCAGUUUUUCGAGGAACCCUUAGUUUUCUUUGCUCGUUUGAUCCACAAUCACUUUCCCCUCACCCUGCGCCCACUGCUUCCCUCAAAGCCAAUCCGUGUCGUCUGUGUGUCAGACACGCAUAAUGCACACCAUGACCUACCGCCUCUACCCCAGGGCGACAUCCUCAUUCACUCCGGCGACCUUACUCAAUCAGGUACAGAAGGAGAACUCAAGGACGCGCUGGAUUGGCUGGUUUCGCAGCCGCAUGCCCACAAAGUAUUCAUCGCAGGGAACCAUGACCAAUGUCUGUCCAAUCUUGACUGCCGAGGGGCCCUCCGAACCCUUUACCCCGAUCUCACUUACCUUCACGAUACGUCUGCCACGCUCUCCAUCCAUGACCGUCAACUCAACGUCUACGGCAGCCCACAAACACCGAAGCAUGGCUCCUGGCUGUUUCAAUACCCCAGGGUAGUGCAUCUUUCGUAUGACUCGGCAGAAACAGAUCCCUGGUCAGAGGUUCCUCUAAAUACAGACAUUCUCAUCACCCAUGGACCUCCUGCUCACCACCUCGAUGCCGGGUACGGUUGUUUGGCGCUACUCCGUGUGCUUUGGCGCGUCAGACCGCGAUUGCAUGUUUUCGGUCACAUCCAUGCUGCGCGUGGAGUAGAAUGUGUACCAUGGCAAGACGACCAAUUGGCUUAUGAAAACAUUCUCGCGGGACAAGGGGGCUGGUAUUCUUUGUUCGGGGUCAUCUUAGGUGCCGUUCAGCGACUGUUCGGUGGCCGAGGGAAGGAGGGUUCAAGUCUUCUUGUCAAUGCAUCAUCUAUAGGCGGUUUCCGCGACGAUAAACGGAAUCCUGCAAUAGUAGUUGACAUUUAA